AGUUUAGAGGCAAUCGUUUUAAUGUUAUGUUUUAUAAUGCUGCAGGUACUUUUUUUAUGCACAAACUUGUAUUACAGUAUUUUUAUUCUUUGAAAGCUUCUUACACUUUUAAUCAGAAUUUUAUUUUAUUAUGUUUGCAGAACAAAACAUUUUUAACUCUUUUAAGAUCACUUGGCAUUUUAUGCAAAAUUAUCACAGGACCUUAUUUUUUAAAAGCAACAGAAGUUGGAAACAUUUUAGAUAUGGGUUCUGUAUUUCAGAGACUUUUAUAUGUUUUAGAUUUGUUUAUUGAAAAUCCAAUUUUAGCUUUGAACAAUGAAGUUUCACUUUUUUAUGGUCCAUAUUUUUAUGACGAGGUUUUUGAAUUUUUAUUGAAAACUUCACUGAAUGACAAUCUUACAUGUGUUUUUAUAAAGCGUCUUUGUAAUGUUUUAAAAAGGAAAGCCAGUAAACUAUUUAGUGAAUUUUUAAGUGGAGGGAAAUAUUUUAACAUCAGUGGGAAUGAAUUAAAAGAGUGUAAUUCAUGUGAUACAAAUAACAUUUGCCUGGAAAGACUCAUGGGACAAUUAGAUUUUAAAUUAAAAGCAUCCUCCACAUCAUCAUUAAAUUCCAUCGAAAGUAGCAUUUUAUAUUGUAAUAACAGAACAGAAGAGUGGUUAAAGAAGAAGGAUAUAAGUGAACAACAAGAGAUAAUAGAUCAGGCUCGUUCAGAAAAUAGAACUUUUAUGCUAAAAGACAGAGAGAAAAAUGAAGAACUUUUUAGAAAACAAACAAAGAUUUUAGAAGAAAAAGAAAAAGAAGCUAGAAGGAAGAAGGAAAAAAAAUCAACUGAGUUAGAUAGAGCAAUAGAGGACAUGAGAAAAGUUGGGCUUUGGGAGAGUGAAGGGAAGAUUAGAGAAGAAAUAGAGAAGCUGAAGACAAAAAAGGAGAAAGUAGAGACAUUAAAGAAACAAAUCAACAUUUACAAAAAAGUUUUUAAAAUUGAAAAAAACCAGAAGGAGUUGCUGCAGUUUUCUUCAAAAGGAAAGGUCUUUGAUCAUAACAAAUUACUGGAUAAUCUUUUAAAAUUAAUAGAAUUGAGAAGAAAUGCGCAAGAAACCAGAUUCCAUCCAGAUGACUUAGUAGGUAAAGAAAUUGUGCAUACCUGGACUAUAGAGAGUGGCGAAAACCAAGAUUGGGAGGGCCAGAUAAGGAGUUUUGAAAAUGGAGUUUACAAAGUUGUGUACUGGGAUGAUAAAGAAAGGAAGAAUGGCAGUGAGUUUGAGUUAACAGAGAGGGAGAUUAAUAUUGACAUACAAGAAGGAAACCUAUUUAUAAAAGACACCACCAAACUGGAUCACUGUUACUCAACAUUUUGAAAAAGACUAUAAAUACAGACAGUAAGAGUUAUCUUUCAUUAUAUUUCUUUUUUUUGAUUUGGAGUAAGUUACAGUUAUUGCCCUUUGGUGCUUUAGUCCUGCUCCUGCUAUUAGUAUUCAUAGCAAGUUAUAUAUUCACAGGAAGGGAGCCAAUGAAAUGUGUUUUAUUUUUAACCAUGUAUUGUAGGUCAAGACCUUUUGGUGUUAUUUUUAAAACUUAUUUCUUAUUUUCUAAU